GGCGCGGCACAUGACUCAUGAAUAACCAAUGAGCGUGCUCAGUGUGCUCAGGAGGCUCGUCUUUUAGUUUUUCUGUCCGAAAUCCCUUACAUUUACAACAAAUCGGGCCUUAACAGCAGAUAAUAUUUGCUGUUACAGCCAGCUUCCGGCUUCCAACUUCACUCUGUUGUUCUCGGAGCCUGACAGGGAACAAUGCCUGGCAAAGCUGCGGUGACAUUGGCGCUCCAACCCGGUGGUACCGUGGCUACAGCAACUCCGCAGAAGUCUUUUCCUUUUGUUUUGAAGAAAAUCAUGGAUAUUCCUCCUCCUAAUAUCCUAGCGGAAGGCGAAGACGAAAUAGAGAAAGAAAAGCUCUGCUCCUCUCAAGAUGUGGAAGGAGGUGGGGCUGUGGCUUCAAGCGCUGAUGGAGGUUCCAGAGGUGGAGGAGGUGGCAGUGGAGCCAGUGGUGGGGUUUCAGCCUCCCUGACCCCAGCAAUCUGGGACAAGACCAUCCCCUAUGAUGGGGAGACGUUCCACCUGGAGUACAUGGACCUGGAUGAGUUCCUGCUGGAGAACGGCAUCCCUGUGAGCCUGGAGGACGAGGAGCUGCAGAAGACUCUGACCUCGGCAGACGGCAAAGCCAAAACCCUUCUUAAAACGGUUGCAGCUGCAACCACAACCACAGUUCCUGUUGCUGAUGAAGCCUCUACGUCAGAGCCGGCUUCCUCUGAGAUCACCACAGAUCCAGAAGACACGGUGACUGUUACUACGCUGCAACCAGCUAAACUAGAAGAAGAAGGAGAGGAUGAAGAGGAUGAUGAAGGACAGCUAGAGGCGCCUGAAGAGGCACCAGCAGAGGUGGAGCUCACUAAGAAAGAAAGGAACACACCCUCCCCGAUUGACCCAGAUGCCAUUGAAGUGGACAUAAAUUUCCAGCCAGACCCCACAGACCUGGUGCUGUCCAGCGUUCCAGGCGGAGAGCUGUUCAAUCCCCGCAAGCACAAGUUCUCUGAUGAGGAACUGAAACCCCAGCCCAUGAUCAAGAAAGCCAGAAAAGUGUUUGUCCCUGAUGAACAGAAGGAUGAGAAAUAUUGGUCAAGGAGGAAGAAGAACAACCUGGCAGCAAAGCGCUCCCGGGAUGCACGUCGGCUCAAGGAGAACCAAAUCACAGUGCGCGCCUCCUUUCUGGAGCGGGAGAACGCCGCACUGAGACAGCAGGUUGCCGAGCUGCGGAAGGACUGCGGCCGCUGUAAGAACAUCUUGGCCCGCUAUGAGGCUAAGUACGGCCUGCUGUAAACAAAACCUCGUUGUGAGGCAAACGGAGGAGUGGAUGAGACGGAGGCAGAGCUCCCUUCCCCACAGAAUCCAACCCAGACUCAAACACCAAGGGAAUCUAAAUUUGUCAUUGUGUUGAUCUCCUGUGGCCGUCUGCGACGCUGGAGUUUUGGAUGCGUGCUGGCGGGCGGUGAGGCAUGAUGGGAGCAGUGGGUCUCAGGACGGCCUGUGGAGAGCGUCUGGCUCCUGCACUGAGAGAAAGUGGGCUGUUGGGUGGUCCCACAGGUGAACGUGUGGAAAGUUGUGCUCAUCUCAGUUUAAAAGGAAAGAGCAGACCUGGCUUUUGGUCACCUUCAGUUUUAAUGUCCACACAUCAUUUCUUGAGGUACUGAAUCUUCGACAGCAGACAAUUUCUGCUUAUUAUUAUUCAAUCCUACAUCCUGGCACUCGGUAAAGCAGCAGGAGUUGAAAUUAUGAUGGUACAGUCUUUAUUUCACACAAAAAACAGCGGUGUGGACAGUAUAUAUCUAUUCCUGUACCUUUUUACUUGGUGUGUGUACCACAUGUAAUUAUUCCUUGCACUUUUUAAAACCAAAUUAAACAUGCACAUGAUGUGCAACACCCGGUAGCAGUACCUUAUCUACCACAGUAGCUGCUUCUAUUGAAAACUACUGUGAUUUGAUUUUUCUCCUCCAGAUUUUAGGUCUGAUGGUUUUAUCAGCCAUCCUCUGGGUUUUUUAUAUCAGACUUUCCAAAGGGAGAAGGAGAAAAUGUUCUCCGUAUUCGCGGCGUAAGUUUGUUGACCUUGACGGCCCUCGCUGGUGGAGGGGUAUUUUAAGUGUAGAGAUGUUUAUUUUACUGCAAGUAGAGAUGGUUAGCCUGACUGCCAAACGUGCAGUAACUGGAUUCUUUAUUUUCUAUUCAAAUAAAUGGUAGCCAUUCCCAAAGCGGAGCUCUGCUCAAUGUUUGAAGUCUCACUGUCUCAUGUUCACCAUUUGUUAGGACUGAGACUUGUGAGUCUUUGAUUAACCCAGCAGCUAUCCCGAUGUUUGCCAAAAAAAAAAAAAAGUGCCACAAAAUUCUGAUGGUAACAAAGCAAUGUUGACUAGAACUGAUAACCAAGUACUGGAUCAAUUAUUUUCGUUUUCAGUAAAACCAACGAUUAGGCAGGGAUUUCAGUUAGUGAACUGUGCUUUUGAAUAUUUGUGUUGAAGAAAAAUUUUUGGUUUUCUGUGUUUUCGUCCUCAAGGACAAAAUGUUCUUAUUUACAUCAAGCGGCACUGAAAAGUUCUGAAUGGUUCCGAGUGAACCACAGGGUGGUGUUGGUUGAUGCAGAGAGGACACACAAGGCAGCUCUCCUACAAAGUGGCUGAGUUUCUGUCUAAUGUAAAAACAUAUUGCAGACUGUUAUGAGAUCCCUUUUCCAUGGUGUCCUUUGCACAUUUUCGGAUCAAUCAGCUCAUAAUCAUGGCAAUCUCUAAAAGAAGAAUAAAUGUGGCAAUAAUAAUUCGUUAUGUUUAUGCCUGUUUUGUUUCAGUAAUAUUAUUGUAUGUAAAUUUGUUCAGAUGUACUAAAUGGGAAUAUCCCAAAGUCUCUUGUGCUUCCAGUAUAGAUCCUCUGUUGUAAAGGAUUCUAAUGCAUGAAAUCCAGUAAACCUGUUUUUAUCUUUGCAUUUCCCCUUUGUACGUUUGACACAAAGUGUACUUAUGUCUGUAAAUCAUCGCUGAGAGCUGGGAUUGGUUUUUCUUUGGACGGUGGUUGGGCUCUGUUACAGAAAAAAGGACAAACGUGUUAAGGAUAAUGUGCCGUGUCUAUAAUCAGCACACUCCAACAUCUGUCUGUGCAGCCAGUUAUUGACAAAAUGGCAAGUCUGUAGUUAAAAAACGUCUUUAACGCGUCAUGUUUGCUAAAGAUGAGUCACACACUGGACCUGCUGGUGCUCUUGUUUCAAUGAUGUUUGAGCUUUUCCACAGUGCAGCGUAACGGACAUUUUUACUAAUGUGUUUCAUUUUGUAUUUAAGCUCAUUGAUUACAUUGUAAUGCUUAGACAACAGUGUAGCUGAUGAAUGCAAAACUUUUAGGUUGUUUUUUUUUACUGGAAUAAAACAAUAAAAACACUCCACACACAACCGAAGCUGAAAAUGUCUGCUUAAAAUAUGUAGCAGCUUUUUUUUUAACAUCUCAUUGAAAAUAUUUCAAAUAACCGGACGAUUAAAUUUGAGGUUUUUUUUGCCACCUGCAGUUGGAUUGCUAACUGUGUUUUAAUCAUAUUUCUGAGCUGCUUUCCGACACUGACUGUUAUAUUCGGAAAUAUUAGUAAAAACACAUAAAAACAGAUGUUCUUAACGGAAUGUGUUUAGUGACACCUAAUCAGGUUUGGGUAUUUUAUGACAUAAACACAGAACAGUAGUUACAGCGUUCUACCUACAGGUGGCAGGAGUGAGGAAAACAAUUGGCUUGUUUUAGGAUGGGAUGUAAAUAACAUCAAGAUUUUGGAAUCUUAUUGAUUAAAGUUGCUGAAAAACUGCAGAAGAAAUUGAGUUUUAUUGUUGGGUUUUGUGGUGUCUUAUGUUUUUUAUAUGAAGGUGUUUCUUAUUUGUAACACUGUAUCUGUAGUACUUUGUUCAAAAUGUAUCUUUUAAUAUCUAUAUGAAAUAAAAAUCUAACAACUCCUGA